AUGCCUCUUCCAGUUCCCCAUACCGGGUUUCAGGCCCUGGUCCUUUGCGGUCCGGGUGUCUCGCUCAACACGUUCACUUCAAAUCCAGAGGAGUACCCAAAAUGUCUUAUCCCUGUUGCCAAUCGGCCCAUGAUCUUCUACACUAUCGACUUCUGCAAAAGGAUGGGAAUCACUGAUAUCACAUUGGUUACUCCUCCAUCGUCUCUAGCACCUCUCCAGGCUGCACUGCGACAAAACCCGCACUUAACCUCGAUCCCCUCGCCCUCGCCCUCAGUCAUCGCCCCACGGGACCUAGACAUGACAACAGGAACCGCAGAACUGCUCCGCCUCCCCGAGGUUCAAAACUGCAUCAAGUCCGACUUCCUACUUCUUCCUUGUGAUCUUAUUUGCGAAAUCCCCGGCGAGUCCUUGUUGGAGUCGUGGAUGAUCUUCCAGAGCGCUCUCGGCGGCAGCAGCACAGUUCGGGAGGGGCGCAAUGCGCAUGGCCCCGCGAGCUCGGGGCCUGGCGGCGAACAGGGUGGUCGCCGGGGUGGUCUAAGUGUCUUCUAUCAGACGCAAGGCCGGGAAGAGAGCGUCAAGGGUGAGGCUACCGACUUUGUGGCUAUCGCACCAUUCGAGCAGGACGAGGCCCCCGCCGGACACACCACAGACCUUUCCAAGCUGGUCCUGUCUAUGCCGAUGUCGACACUGAAGGAAAAGAUGGAACACGACAAAGGAUUUCUUGUGCGCCAUUCCCUCGUGGAUAAGCACGCGCGGAUUAAGAUGUUGUCGAGCUACCGUGAUGCCCACCUCUACGUCCUGCCCUACUGGGUCAAGGAUUUCGCCCGCCUGAAUGACAAGUUCCAGUCCGUCAGUGAGGAUUUGGUUGGCUGGUGGGCCAAGGCCGAGUGGCAAGAAGGCCUCGGCAAUAAACUAAAGAUGAAUGAGAUUUUCCAGCGACAGGGCCAUUCUCUACCCUCCGGUGAGGAUGCAAGUCACGACGGCGAAUCACUCGAGGAGGAAAUCGAUCUACAGAGCAUGAGCACCACCAAGGCCACAUCGGCCAUCGCCGAGUCGGCACGCAGCGCCAAACCCCAAUUCGCUUCUCGCGUCAAGGCUCCGAGCUCAGUAUCCGAGAGCCUGAAGUCUGGCUCUUUGCCACCUAUGCUUGCGUACGUCCAAAGAGGCUCAGCGCCUUUUAUUAGGCGUGUCGAUUCGUCAGCUAUGCUCCUAUCCACUUCUCUUCGUCUUGCAAAGCUGGAGUCUACCGAGGAAGUUGGUCGUUCCGCCGCCUCUGCUUUCGCCCACAACCAGAAGGUGUCCUACCCAGCCGGUGUAGCCCAGCGCUGCACCGUCACAAAGAGCGAUUGCCUUCUCGACAUGAACGUCACGAUCGAAGAGAAGUGCGUAGUCAAAGAGAGUGUGAUCGGAGCAAACUCCCACAUCUCCAGCGGUGCCCGGUUGACCCGCUGCGUCGUGAUGGAUGGAGUCGUCGUUGGACCCAGGGCAGUUCUCACAGGGUGCAUCAUUGGCCGACGAGCCAAGAUCGGCAGUGAAUGUGUGUUGAAGGACUGCGAGGUCCAGGAUGGAAAUGUUGUUCCUGAUGAGACAGACGCUAAGAACGAAAAAUUCAUGGUCUUCGAGGGUCUUGACGAUGACAUGGAUGAGGAUUUCGAGGAUGACCAGGAUGAGCUAUGA